UGAUGAUUCUCAACUGAGUUUUUCCGUGUCUAUCGUCGACUGCGGGCCCUCAUAUCCUCUUGAGUCAUCCGCCAUGCUGGGGCAGCUUGUUCUCUGGUUGGCAACCUUCUUGCCCCCGUUGGGGCUGACAGUGACUUUAGACAGCGCUGCUGUCACGGGUGUUGCGUCAAGUUUUGGGCCGACAGUCACUCUAGACAGCGCAACUAUCACGGGUGUUUGGUCUGGUCCCGUCAACAAGUGGCUAGGAAUACCCUACGCACUGCCCCCACCUCCGACUUCCUCAAAACCAUCAUCUACCAUAACAAUCCCAGUUCCGAAGAUUGCUUGACUGUAAACGUCAUCGCGCCCAAGUUGGCAACUCACAGAUCACGACUCCCUGUUAUACUUUAAUGUUCAUUCGGGUCGUUGCAGAUUAUGACGGCCGUUUAGUGGAUCUACGGAUGGUACGGGAUACGCCAAUAACAUCACUCCACAGUUCAAGCGUCUCGCGGCAUUCCAGGGCGAUGCAAUCCUGCACGCCCUGCGUCGCUUUUUGUUGGAACAACGAUCCGAUAAAUAGCAAGCUUGGUCAGCACUGAUCAAGCGUAACAAACAUGUUCCUAUCCUG